UGUCCUUGCCGCCCACUUCCGCCAGCCUCCAAAAGCGCUGCACUUUUCGAUUGUUUACGUUACUAGGGGUUCAUCUGACGUCAAUUCGCAGGUUCCGUGUUUGGCUGUGAUGUUGGGGACGGGUCGGUCCUGGAACAGGACUGCCGAGUGACUCUUGAGCCAGGCAUCUGCUCAGCAUGAACAGCGAGGAGGAGUUCUUCGACGCCGAGACAGGGCUGGAGUCAGAUGAUUCCUGCGAGGUCAGCUUCAAAGAUGCUCUGGUGUUUGACAGCAAGCAGGUGACCGCCGGGGGGGCGGCGCAGGAGAACGGAGUCUGGCAGCGCAGGAAAACCCUGCCUGCUGAAAUGAUCUCCAGGAACAAUUUCAGUGUCUGGAGUAUACUGAAGAAAUGCAUCGGCAUGGAGCUGUCCAAAAUAGCGAUGCCAGUUGUGUUUAACGAGCCGCUGAGUUUUCUCCAGAGGAUCUCAGAGUACAUGGAACACACUCACCUCAUCCACCAAGCCUGCAGUUUAUCUGACUCCAUAGACCGCAUGCAGUUUGUUGCUGCGUUUGCUGUUUCAUCUGUAGCAUCUCAGUGGGAAAGGACUGGAAAGCCAUUUAAUCCUUUACUAGGGGAGACGUAUGAGCUCAUAAGAGAGGACGAGGGCUACCGAUUGCUCUCCGAGCAGGUGAGCCACCACCCUCCAGUCAGUGCCUUCCACGCCCAGUCUCUGAAACAGGACUUUGAGUUUCAUGGCUCCAUCUACCCAAAGCUUAAGUUCUGGGGCAAAAGUGUGGAGGCGGAGCCAAAAGGCACCAUGACGCUGGAGUUAUUAAAACAUAAAGAGGCGUACACAUGGACGAAUCCACUGUGCUGUGUGCAUAACAUCAUCUUGGGAAAACUCUGGAUUGAACAAUAUGGAACGGUGGAGAUAAUCAACCACAGUACUGGAGAUAAGUGUGUUUUGAACUUCAAACCAUGUGGGAUGUUUGGAAAGGACCUCCACAAAGUGGAAGGGCAUAUCCAAGACAAAAGUAAGAAGAAGCGCAGAGUGGUCUAUGGCAAGUGGACAGAGUGUAUGUACAGCAUUGACCCGAAGCUUUACGAGACGUGCAAGAAGUCAGACAAGAAAACGGGAGGCGACUCAAAGAAGCUGAAACAGGAGAAUAGCUGUGAAGGUGAGGAGGCAGAUGAGAUGCCAGAAAUUCAAGAGACUGUGACUGUGAUCCCAGGAAGUGCCUUAUUAUGGAGGAUAACACCGCGGCCUGCUUACUCAGCGCAGAUGUAUAACUUCACCAGCUUUACCGUGACGCUAAAUGAGCUGGAGCCGGGGAUGGAAAGCCGGCUGGCGCCAACAGACUGCCGGCUGCGGCCCGACAUCAGAGCCAUGGAAAACGGAGACAUGGAUUCAGCUAGUACCGAGAAAGAGCGGUUAGAGGAGAAACAGAGAGCUGCACGCAGAGAACGCUCCCAGGAUGAAACAGAGUGGUCAACCAGGUGGUUCCGGCUGGGGACGAACCCUCACACAGCAGCCGAGGACUGGCUGUACACAGGUGGAUACUUUGACAGGAAUUAUGCAGACUGUCCCAACAUCUAUUGACACAGGAGAUGUUUAGUGUAUCUAAGAUAAUACUCUUCAGUUGUCAGCAUCUCAGAUUUUGUGACUUUUUGAUGGGCAGAUGCUCACUGAUACAUUGUCUUUUGUUAGAAUCGGUAAAAAUGGGACAUCUGUAAAUCAGAUCAUUAAAAAGUGACUGUGAACACACUCUGCAGGAGACGUUUUAGUAUUAUGGAAGAUUUUAGAAAAUAAUUAUUGUAAAUGUUGAAAUCACACUCCCUCAUAGUCAUACACCCUGAACAUGUUCCUCCCCUUUCUCUGGAUUCAAACCUGCAACCAUUGUGGUUUCUGGGGCAGUGAACAGGCUGCUGCAGGACAUAAACAUUAUAUGUAUUUAGUUUUACUCCAGGUACACAACCAUUGUCUUGUAGGCAAAAAACACACCUUUUGUCAAAUUUCUUUCAAAUAUCAGGUAAUGUGUAAACACACUUAAACACGGCUACUUUUAUAUAACCAGCUUGGAAAUUAGACGUGUUUUUAUUUUGCAUCAAACAUCUGUAAAAGGCCCAAAGUGUUUCUAUGAAUAGAGACUUGUAGUAGAAAGGAAAGCUGCUUGUAAUCAUGUUGACUGCUACAGUAAACAGAUUCUGUUGGAACAUUGUUGUCUGCUGUAAUGUAAAAAAUUUGUACAAUAAUUGGUGCAUGCAUGCUCACCAAGAUGUUAAAGCCAUGAGAGAAAAAUGAUUCUGCACUGAGUAAAAAUAUGUUCACUUAAAAGGAAAAAGGAUAGAAAAAUGAUUGGUCACCAGAUAUUUUAGUCUGAAUCUGUGUUGACCUCCUCCUUCCCUCCUCCCUGCAGACAGCAGACUUCUGUAUAUGAGACAGACGCUGGUUGAAGGGUUUCAGGAAUAGAUGAAUCCUGUUUGAACUAUUCAGAGCUUUAGAUCAAUGUAAAAAUAUUUCAGAUGAAAGAAAACAUCCGUCGAGCUUCUUUCCUUAUUCCUUUGCUCACUUAUUUUUGGCAGAUCUGAGCCUGUAAACAUAGAAUUCACUUGAGCUACAAUGUAAGAUAUGAAUGUAAGAUAUGAACAGUUAUGCAAAAUUCCCUAAUAGUGGUUUUGUUUUUACGGUGUAGUCUGACUGAUCAGUUUAUCAUUACUGAGAAGCAUAAAAAACACACACAUUGGUCCCUGAACAACCCCAGAGGAGGCACGCCCCAGUUUGAGUCAGACUGACUCCUGACGCCGUCUCAGUUCCUGCACGAGCAUUUGGCUCUGACUUCAAAGGCUUCCCCUUUGAGUCAUUUUCAAGUAGUUACUGCAUUUACGUUAGACAGGACACUGUAGGCAUCAUAAACCUAUGCAAACUUCCCCAUCCAGUCAACCCUCUUGAAAUGUGAAAAAUCAAAUACUUGCAGUUUGUCUUUAGCUUGCAGCCAGCGUGCGCUUCAGACGUUUCAGACGCAGCAGUUCACGUGUGUUGUGCGCCGAUGACGGCUUUAAGACUACGUAUGUAGAUAUUUCAGAAGUUGUUAAACAGAUUGGUUUCUUUUUGUUUGAAAGCACUAACUUUGCAUUAAAAAUGCACAUUUUAACACUCAGUUCUAUGCACAUGUGUACACUCAAACCGCUCUAGCUGUUCUUCCCUCUGCUCCGAAUUCAAAGCACUUUGUGAAGCCUGGAACCACUCAGAGGUGCAGGUACAAUCUCAUGUCUCUUCUCAUCUCUUUACCCCCUUAUCUUUUUGUUGAGCAUCCUAUUUGAAAAUGUUUACAUUGUAUGUAUGUUAAUCUGUUGGGUUUUUUUCCCCCCGUCUCUUCAUAGUGUUACUCGUGCACAACCAUAUGCAUCUAAAGCAUAUUUAAGAAAUAAAUUAUGGACUAUAAAA